AAGAAUAAUAUACUUCUAGAUUUUGUGCGGAGACGAAGACGGUGCGGUUGUGGCCUUGUUGCCUACCUCGAGCAGCGGUCGGCCUCUCCACGUAGAACUCGGGAGUGGGAGAUUCAGAAUCGAAUCUCUUCUCCCUCCCCCUCCUGUGAGAUUUUUUUGAUCUUCAGCUACAUUUUUCGGCUUUGUGAAGACCCUAGCAUCAAACACAAUGGCAAGCAAUGUUACCAACAAGACAGAUCCUCGCUCCAUGAACUCCCGUGUAUUCAUUGGGAAUCUCAACACUCUUGUGGUCAAGAAGUCUGAUGUAGAGGCAAUCUUCUCGAAGUAUGGCAAAAUUGUGGGCUGCUCUGUUCACAAGGGCUUUGCCUUUGUUCAGUACGUUAAUGAGAGAAAUGCCCGAGCUGCAGUAGCAGGAGAGGAUGGCAGAAUGAUUGCUGGCCAGGUUUUAGAUAUUAAUCUGGCUGCAGAGCCAAAAGUGAACCGAGGAAAAGCAGGUGUGAAACGAUCUGCAGCGGAGAUGUACGGCUCCUCUUUUGACUUGGACUAUGACUUUCAACGGGAUUAUUAUGACAGGAUGUACAGCUACCCAGCACGUGUUCCUCCUCCUCCUCCUAUUGCUCGGGCUGUAGUGCCCUCUAAACGCCAGCGUGUAUCAGGAAACACCUCAAGAAGGGGAAAAAGUUUCAAUUCUAAGAGUGGACAACGAGGAUCUUCUUCCAAGUCUGGAAAGUUGAAAGGAGAUGACCUCCAGGCCAUUAAGAAGGAAUUGACCCAGAUAAAACAAAAAGUGGAUUCUCUGCUGGAAAGCCUGGAAAAAAUUGAAAAGGAGCAGAGCAAACAAGGAGCUGGAGUUGAUCAAGGAUGAUGAAAAAGAGGCUGAGGAAGGAGAGGAUGACAGAGACAGCGCCAAUGGCGAGGAUGACUCUUAAGCACAUAGUGGGGUUUAGGAAUCUUAUCCCAUUAUUUCUUUACCUAGGCGCUUGUCUAAGAUCAAAAUUUUCACCAGAUCCUCUCCCCUAGUAUCUUCAGCACAUGCUCACUGUUCGCCCCAUCCUUGUCCUUCCCAUGUUCAUUAAUUCCUAUUGCCCUGCGCCUAGUCCCAUUUUCACUUCCUUUGAUGCUCCUAGUAGUUUUGUUAAGUCUUGCCCUGUAAUUUUUGCUUUUAAUUUUGAUACCUCUUUAUGACUUAACAAUAAAAAGGAUGUAUGGUUUUUA